UGGACGUUGAAGGCUCCUCCUCCCCCACCGACGGUACAACACCCCUGCUGCCUGCCAGGCCUGGACAGUCAGGACAAGCAUUGAUAGCGGGUCAGGGAACAACGACAAACAGCAAAAAGCAGCAGGUGCGGUAGCAGCCCAUCCAGCCAAAGCCUCGGCUCCUGGACACCACCCUCCACCCGCCCCCGCCCGCCAUCCGGCCCAGGGCCUGCUGGGAAAUGCUCUGGGCACUGACCACGGCCAGUGUGGCCCUGGGGCCCAGGGUGGCAGGUUGGGUGCGGACCAUGGCCUCCCACCGGCUGCUGGUGGCCCCCCCCAGAGCCCUGCGCAAGCCCCUGUCCAUCCCCAGCCGGCUUCUGCUGGGGCCCGGACCCUCUAACCUCCCUCCCCGCGUCCUGGCGGCUGGGGGGCUGCAGAUGGUGGGGCACAUGCACAAGGAGAUGUUCCAGAUAAUGGACGAGAUCAAGGAAGGCAUCCAGUACGUGUUCCAGACCAGGAGCCCCCUCACGCUGGCCGUCAGUGGCUCGGGGCACUGUGCGCUGGAGGCAGCCCUGUUCAACCUCCUGGAGCCAGGGGACCCCUUCCUGGUUGGGGUCAACGGCGUCUGGGGGCAGCGGGCUGCAGACAUCGGAGAGCGCAUUGGAGCCCGUGUGCACCCGAUGAUCAAGGACCCUGGAGGCCACUACACGCUGCAGGAGGUGGAGGAGGUACAGGUGGACUCUGGCUGGGGGAGGGGCCAGGUGGCUGGGCGGGGCUCAGGGCUGGGAGGCUGGGCCACAGGCUGGUCCUCAGCUCUUCCAGUGCCAGGCCCACUCUGGAGAGCUGGCCUCAGGAUGGAAGGAGAGGAACUCCACAGCCAGGCAGGCUUAGCCUGGCAGGGCUGCUGUCCACUUGGGGGCCGCUCAGCACAGCCCCAGCCAGGACGCCCUGCCCCUGGGGUCUGUGCAGUGAGUCAAGCUCUCAUGUGUAGUCUGGACUGCGGCUCUCAGGGGUCCGCAUGGGAUACUCUCUGUACCUUUUCUAAGAGAAUGUGGACAUGCUGGGGGGUCAGAGCUCUCAACUCAGGCUGGUUCUGGACUCUGUCCUCCCCACGCUCCGGACGCCUGGCCAGCGGGCUUUCGGCAAAGGGAGGCCCAGCCUUGUGCCGCCCUGGCCCCUGGACCUGCGUUCUCAGAGCCCCAGGCCACCCCCCAGGACCCCAGACGGCCUGGCUGGCCCUUGUGCUCACCUGUGUGUGGGCGUCCUGGGCCAGGGAGGCUGGGGCCCUGACUUCCCAAGGCCCCCGUGGUGACCCCGGCCCUGCCCGGUGCCUCAUCCUGGUUCUGACACAGAGCUGGCCCUGGGGGUCUGAGAGUGUCCUACUGCCCCUCCAGAAGCCCCACCUUGUGGGGAGGUCUGAACCCCACUCCUGCCGCCCCUCCCCCAGGCACAGGUGCCUGCUCUUGGUGGACGCUGUGGCAUCCCUGGGCGCGGUCCCUAUCUACAUGGACCUGCAAGGUAUCGAUGUCUUGUACUCUGGCUCCCAGAAGGUCCUGAAUGCCCCUCCAGGCACCUCGCUCAUCUCCUUCAGUGACAAGGCCAAGAACAAGAUCUACACCCGGAAGACAAAGCCUUUCUCCUUCUACCUGGACAUCAAGUAUCUGGCCAACAUCUGGGGGUGUGACGACAAGCCCAGGAGAUACCAUCACACCACCCCCAUCAUCAGCUUGUACAGCCUGAGAGAGAGCCUGGCCCUCCUCGCGGAGCAGGGCCUGGAGAACAGCUGGCGGCAGCACCAGGAGGCCACCGAGCACCUGCACAGGCGCCUGCGGGCGCUGGGCCUGCAGCUCUUUGUGAAGGAUCCAGCCGUCCGACUGCCCACUGUCACUGCUGUGGCCGUGCCCUCUGGCUACGACUGGAGGGACAUUGUCCACUACAUCAUGGACCAUUUCAGCAUCGAGAUCACCGGCGGCCUGGGGCCCUCGGCAGGGAAGGUGCUGCGCAUCGGGCUGCUGGGCUGCAACGCCACCCGAGAGAACGUGGACCGAGUGACCGAGGCCCUGCAGGAGGCCCUGCAGCACUGCCCCCGGAACAAGCUGUGACUUGCCCACCCCACUGCGCCCACCCGAUAUACAUCCACAGGAGGCAGGGCAGGGGAAGACCCAAAAAAGGAAGAUCCCGAUCCAGCAGGAAGCCAGAGAGAGAGGCGGAAACACCACACUGGCGAGGAGGAGCUGUGCCUGCGCCUGCAGGAGAACCAGGACCGGGUCCAGUUCGUCCUGCCCUCACUCCUGCAGCUCCUCCCGCACCCGCACCUGCACCUCUAGGCAACGCAGAGCCAGUUCAGGCAUCACCACGCCUCAGGCUGAGCCCCCUCUGCACUCACCAGGACCGUCUUCUCCGAUUUCCCACCAUCAAUCCGCUCCGCCACCCAAACUUACUCCCCUCCCCUGGUGUCGUUUUGGUUGGGUUCUUCUGUAAUUUCCUUUUUUCUUUCAUGUCAUUUACAGGAUCCGCUAUUUUUAUGUUUUAAGUUUGCAGUAAUAAAAUUUAUACUUUUCCCUUUU